AUGGGGUUCAACGACCAGGAAAUUGUCGCCCUCAGCGGCGCUCAUGCGCUCGGGCGCUGCCACGCGGACGCCUCGGGCUUCGUGGGCCCGUGGACUCCGACACCCACGACGUUCAACAAUUUGUAUUUCAAGCUCCUCAAGAACUCUGACUGGGAAGAGGGGUGCAUCAAAGGGGAGACCUGCAAGAACCCCCAGUACCGCGACGCCGCGUCGCAGCAGUUCAUGAUGCUUCCAACGGACAUUGCGCUCCUGAAGGAUCCGAGCUUCAAGAAGUAUGUCGACCUCUACGCGGACGACCAGAAGGUGUUCUUCCAGGACUUCUCCAAGGCCUUUUCCACAUUGCUGGAAUUGGGUACCAAGGAUCUCUACGCGGUAGCCUGA